AUUCGGACCGCCGAGGAAACUCGCAGGAAAGAGAAAAUAAAUUGUAAUGCCGAUUACGGGCCAAAUGCCUGCCAUUGGACGCAUGUUCGGCUUGGGCCUCUCGCUACUGCUGCUACAGGUUGGCCUAGGGAGCGGCGCCGUAGUCACCGACCACGACCGGGUGGUAACAUGCUACAUCUCAACGUGGGCCGUUUAUCGCGAGGGCACCGCAUCCUACGCCCUGGACGCGUUCGAUCCCACCCUCUGCACGCACGCCAUCUACGCGUUUGCCGGUUUGGACGAGCAGAACAAUGCCAUUAAAUCGCUGGAUGCAUGGCAGGACCUGAAGGACAACUUCGGCAAGGGCGGCUACGAGAAGCUGGUGGGGCUGCGGACGGCCAACCCGCACCUGAAGGUCUUACUGGCGAUCGGCGGCUGGAACGAGGGCUCGGAGAAGUACUCUAACCUGGCGGCCAAUCCCGAGCGGCGACAGGCGUUUGUGAAGAACGCACUUAACUUCGUCAAACAGUACGGUUUCGAUGGUCUCGAUCUGGACUGGGAGUACCCUACGCAGCGCGGUGGAAAGCCCUUCGAUCGGGAAAAUUUCGUCGCCCUCGUGCGUGAACUGAGUCAGGUGUUUAAGAAGAAUAAUCUGCUGCUCACUUCAGCGAUCGGCGCUGGGAAGGAUACGAUCAAUUCGGCAUACGAUGUAAAAGCAUUGUCAAAGUAUCUGGACUUUCUGCAUAUCAUGUGCUACGACUACAACGGAAGCUGGAACCGACAGAUUGGUCCCAAUGCACCACUGACAAGCAAAGACUUCCUGAACGUUGAGUACACUAUCGAAUACCUGCUCGAUCUGGGUGCGCCCUCCAGUAAGCUCGUGCUGGGUCUACCCUUCUACGGCCGUACCUUUGUCAGUCCGAAAGCCCGCGCACUGCUGGGUGAUGUGGCCAACGAAGUGGGCUUUCCUGGACCGUCCACGAAAGAGAACGGCUUUAUGGGCUACAACGAGGUGUGCGAAGAACUGAAGCGGAAUCCCUCCGAUUGGACGCUCUCCUGGGACGCUGCUGCGGCCGAGAUGGUGGCCACCAAAUCGAACGACACCGUGUCGCAGGUGGUAGUGUACGAUAAUACGCGGUCGAUCGCGAACAAGGUACGAUUCGCCGUUCGUCAGAAGCUUGCCGGGCUGAUGGUGUGGUCAGUCGAUACGGAUGACUUCAAUGGGCUGUGUGAACCGGAAACGGAUACGUACGUCGACUUCGGUGACCGCGACAAGGUGACACUCUCCAUCCCGCGCCCGGUUAGUGGCAAGUAUCCGCUGCUCAAGACGAUCAGUAACGCCAUCGUGGUCGCUACCGAUGAGCUGACGCAGGAGAACAUCAUUCCAAGUGUGCCGGACGAUGCCAAACCCGGCAGUGCGUCGCCUUCCGGUUCGUCGUGCAAUGUGAUUGGUAUGGCGGGUAGCAUCUUGGCCAUUGUGCUGUUAUUUCGCACGGUCGCUAACGCUCUUUAACGUUUUUCUGUUAAGCCAAUAGUUUUAGUGUCAUGUUUGG